GUCAACCUCUUGCACUCCUCACUCCCAACACUAGUGAUUAAAAGUUUUUGCCAUGAGCCAACAUUUCGAUUUGGAUGGACCACUUCUUUAACUUCACCAUGUAAAAGCAGCACCUACGAUAUAUUUUCAAAUAAAAAUGGAAAUGUUACCUUGUUCUCUGGACCUGGAUAAAUUGGAAUGAGAUCACUUUGUUAACCAUUGUUGCUCUCGCUUGUUGGCAAACACUGUAAAGCAAUAUUGGUGUUAAAAUGAAGUUCCCCACACAGAGACUGUACUCACUGUCCCGAACUGUUCACCACCUGUACACCCCGCGCGUUAAUUCUCGCAGACUACACUGGAAUUCUGCAGUUCGGCCAUAUUCCACUUUCAAGAGAUUUCCAUUGAGGACAGCAAAGCCACUUCCUUUGAAAGUUGAAUACUAUCCCUACAGAAAUUUCAUUCUAGCUAGAUUGGCAACACGACUGCUAAGAAUUCGUUACCUUGUACUGGGAUCAGCAGUGGGAGGUGGUUACACAGCAAAGAAGACGUAUGACCAAUGGAAGGAAAUGAUGCCAGAUUUAACAGAGUACAAGUGGAUAAUUCCUGAUUUUAUCUGGGAUCUUGAUGAACAUAUUAACUUUGAAAAAAUUAGGGAAAUCUUCUCUGAUGCAGAACUUGCUAAAUUGCUACCUGAUUUUGAUAAGGUUGGAGAAAGCCUGAAUCAUCUCAAAAGUCUACUAUCGCCAGGUGAAAGUUUGUAUAAUGAAGUCAAAGGAGUCUCUCAUCUGCUUCUGUUGUUAGAUUCUGCAGAAAGUUCGACUACUAUGAAAGCAUCUGAUAAUCAAGGGUUUGACAACAAUGGGAAACAGUACAAAAAGGGUGUGCUUGGGGAGCUCAUUCUAAUCCAGCAGCAAAUCCAGGAGCAUGAAGAAGCAGAACGCAGGGUCGCCGAACAGUUAAGCUCUGGCUCCUCUCAACAGAAACGAAAGGUAUCAGACAAGGACAAAGCUGAACAGCUGCAAGAAGAGCUUCUCCGCACACAGGAAGAUUCAGGAGGGCAGAUUGGUGAUACUCUUUAUGCUCUAACAAUGCUGAAAUAUCAAAAAAUCCUUGAACGUCUAGAGAAAGAAAAUAAGGAACUACGAAAACAGGCUCUUCAGAAAGAUGACAAAGGCAUUCAUUUACGGAAAAUGAAGAAGUCCCUGAUUGACUUGUAUUCUGAAGUAUUGGACAUUCUAUCGGAUUAUGAUUCCAACUACAACACCCAGGACCAUCUCCCAAGGGUAGUUGUAGUCGGAGAUCAAAGUGCUGGGAAGACCAGUGUUCUGGAAAUGAUUGCCCAAGCUAGGAUAUUUCCCCGUGGAUCUGGUGAAAUGAUGACUCGUGCACCUGUCAAAGUGACAUUGAGUGAAGGACCUCACCAUAUGGCGAUGUUUAAAGACAGCUCACGAGAAUUUGAUCUCACCAAAGAUGAAGAUCUAGCAGCAUUGCGCAAUGAAAUUGAAAUAAGAAUGAGAAAUAGUGUAAAGGAAGGGCAAACUGUCAGUGCUGAGACCAUCUCAUUAAAUGUGAAAGGUCCAGGUCUACAGCGAAUGGUGCUGGUUGAUCUUCCUGGUGUUAUCAGUACUGUGACAUCAGGAAUGGCUGCUGACACCAAGGAUAUAAUUUUUAGCAUAAGCAAGGCUUAUAUGCAGAACCCUAAUGCCAUUAUCCUUUGUAUCCAAGAUGGUUCAGUAGAUGCUGAACGCAGCAUUGUAACUGACUUGGUGAGCCAGAUGGACCCACAAGGCAGAAGGACCAUCUUUGUGUUGACUAAAGUGGAUCUUGCAGAGAAAAACCUGGCUAGUCCCAGUAGGAUCCAACAGAUUGUGGAAGGCAAGUUGUUCCCAAUGAAGGCUUUGGGUUACUUUGCAGUUGUUACUGGUAGAGGCAACACCAAUGAAAGUAUUGAUUCCAUAAAGGACUACGAAGGAGAUUUCUUUCAGAAUUCAAAAUUGUUGAAGACAGGGAUGCUGAAAGCACAUCAAGUGACAACUAAGAACUUGAGCCUAGCAGUGUCAGACUGUUUCUGGAAAAUGGUGCGUGAAUCUGUGGAACAACAGGCCGAUGCAUUUAAAGCUACUCGAUUCAACCUUGAAACUGAAUGGAAGAACAACUAUCCUCGGCUGAGGGAACUAGACAGGAAUGAACUGUAUGAAAAGGCGAAGAAUGAAAUUCUGGACGAAGUGAUCAGCUUAAGCCAGGUUACUCCAAAACACUGGGAAGAGAUUCUACAACGGAAACUGUGGGAAAGAGUCUCUACACAUGUGAUAGAGAACAUUUACCUUCCUGCUGCUCAAUCUGUGAAUUCAGGCACAUUCAAUACUACUGUAGACAUCAAGCUCAAACAAUGGACUGACAAACAACUGCCUCACAAAGCAGUAGAGGUUGCUUGGGAAACCUUGGAGGAUGAAUUUGCUCGAUUUAUGUCAGAGCACAAAGGGAAGGACCAUGAUGACAUCUUUGACAAACUAAAACAAGCUGUUAAAGAUGAAAGUAUAAAACGUCACAGAUGGAAUGAGCAGGCUGAAGACAGUCUGCGAGUCAUCCAGCACAAUGCUUUAGAAGAUCGUUCCAUAUCUGACAAACAGCAGUGGGAUGCGGCUAUCCAUUUCCUGGAGGAAACGCUGCAAGCCCGUCUUCGAGACACUGAGUCUGUAAUUCAUGAUAUGGUGGGACCAGAUUGGCAAGAAAGAUGGUUCUACUGGAAAUCACGUUCUCCAGAACAGCAUGUUCGAAAUGAAACCAAAAGCGAAUUGGAACGGCUGUUAAAAAUCAGCGAGGAACAUACAGCUUAUCUUGCUAACGAUGAAGUUACAACAGUUCGUAAAAACCUGGAAGCUAAAAGUGUAGAUGUGGACACCAUUCUGAUUAAAGAUACUUGGCACCAAGUUUACCGAAAACACUUCUUGAAGAAAUCGCUGAACCAUUGUAAUCUUUGCAGAAGAGGUUUCUACUAUUACCAAAGGCAUUUUGUAGACUCUGAGCUGGAAUGCAAUAAUGUUAUCCUGUUCUGGCGCAUUCAACGAAUGCUAGCUAUUACAGCAAACACACUCCGACAACAGCUAACAAAUACUGAAGUGAGACGCCUUGAAAAGAAUGUGAAGGAAGUGUUGGAGGACUUUGCUGAAGACAAUGGUAAAAAAGUUCAACUGUUGACAGGAAGGAGAGUUCAAUUAGCAGAGGACCUCAAAAGAGUUCGUGAGAUUCAAGAGAAGUUAGAAGUAUUCAUUGAAGCUCUUCAUCAAGAAAAAUAACAAUAUCUCUGGUUAUGAAUUAGUUCACCACACAGCCCUAGACAUGGAGCUUGGUGUCAUGAGAUGUUGCUUGAAUCAGGAACCAUUGUCUGAAGUGCUGCAGAGAGACUCAAAAGUACCAAUUAAACACGCCUCAGAAGACAUCACGUCACAAAUUGUGUACAUUAAGAUUGAAAAACAUUUAAAUUCUCCUUACAUUCUACUCUUUGAGCUGAGAAUUCAUGAGCAAUGUUUUCCUUGCAUUUUUAUAACAAUUUCAUCGCAAACGCUUCAGCUAAUCACGUUUUCUAUUGUCAUGUGCAACCUCCUGAAAUGCAUCAAAAUGUUGAUUUGUUUUCAAUUGUCCAAAGCAAGACUAAAUACUGCUGUGUAAGUGAGAGCUGAUGAACUGUUUAGUCAAAUGUAUAACACUUUUCAAUGCAAAUGUUUAAAAUGUUUUAGCUCAUAUCCAGCUCAAUAAGAAAUAAAGAACAGCUGUCUGAAACUACAUUCAUUGGGAAUUAUAUAGUCUACUUCUCUCUCCCACUUCAUAAGUGCAGUCAGUUCCACUUCUUAAGCCACAAGAAAAGACUGCAUCUUUCUGAUCCCUGGGGGAAAAACAUUACAAAAUUGAAGUUCUUGUAAGACAAGUUUUUGUCAUAUCCAGUGUGUUUCCAUUUGGACCUUUCAAUAUUGGGUCUGUACUUCUGCAGUAGAAUCCUCAAAGUUUGUGCUUAUAUAAAUGGAAAAAAUGCUAUCAUGAUUUUUUUUCUUUGCAAGUGUCCAGGCCAUGCUUGAUGUAAUUAGUGAGGAGUCGUGUAUUUAUUGAAUGCCGUUAUAUUUAAAUAAAACGGAGUACAAUUUU